AGUGUAGCCUACUGUACCAACAGCUUCAGUUGACCUCCAAAGGAGGUUUAUUGGCAGGCAUGUUGUACUGUAUUAGAUCUGCGCGUUAUAAAUUUAGUAAGAUCAGUUCAAAUCAGUUGGUCUCUAAGGAAGUUGAUGGUUUCAAUCCGGGACAGUAGAGGCAGUGUGUUCAGUAAUGGCUGACGGCAGAGAGAGUUGUAACAGCAGGUUUUGAAAUCGGACAACAGUCACUGUGAAAUAAAAUCCAAGAAGCAUUAUUCGGCAAAAUGUCCAAAAUGAAAAGCGCAGAGACAGUGAAGGUGGUUGUCAGAUGCCGGCCGAUGAAUGAGAAAGAGACUUCUGCUAGAUUUGAUAGAGUAGUUUCUGUUGAUGUGAAAUUGGGACAGAUCUCCGUGAAGAAUCCUAGGGGGAUGCCCAAUGAGCUGCCCAAGACCUUCACGUUUGAUUCUGUGUAUGACUGGAAUUCUAAGCAGUUGGAACUGUAUGAUGAGACAUUCCGGCCUCUGGUAGAUUCCGUCCUACUGGGUUUUAAUGGCACUAUAUUUGCAUAUGGCCAGACGGGUACUGGGAAAACAUACACAAUGGAGGGGGUGCGCAAUGAUCCAGAGAGGAAAGGAGUCAUCCCUAAUUCCUUUGAGCAUAUAUUCACACACAUUUCCAGGUCCCAGAACCAACAGUAUCUUGUUAGAGCUUCGUAUUUGGAAAUUUAUCAAGAGGAGAUCAGAGAUUUGUUAUCAAAAGACCAAGCCAAAAGACUGGAGCUAAAAGAAAGACCUGAUACCGGUGUUUAUGUAAAAGACUUGUCGUCCUUCGUUACCAAAAGCGUUAAAGAAAUAGAACAUGUCAUGAAUGUUGGCAAUCAGAACCGGUCAGUGGGAGCCACCAACAUGAACGAGCACAGUUCUCGAUCACAUGCUAUUUUUUUGAUAACCAUUGAGUGCAGCGAAUUGGGACUUGAUGGGGAGAAUCACAUUAGAGUAGGAAAACUGAACCUGGUAGACCUCGCGGGCAGUGAACGUCAAACCAAAACAGGAGCCCAGGGGGAAAGGUUAAAGGAAGCAACGAAGAUCAACUUGUCCCUUUCAGCUUUGGGAAACGUGAUAUCUGCCCUUGUGGAUGGCAAGAGCACCCACAUCCCUUACCGCGAUUCCAAACUCACCCGUUUGCUUCAGGACUCCUUGGGAGGCAAUGCCAGGACAGUCAUGGUUGCCAAUGUUGGCCCAGCCUCUUACAAUGUCGAAGAGACCCUAACAACAUUGCGCUAUGCCAACCGGGCUAAAAACAUCAAGAACAAACCCAAAGUGAAUGAGGACCCCAAAGACGCCCUGCUGCGGGAGUUUCAGGAAGAGAUAGCUCGCUUGAAGGCUCAGCUGGAGAAGAGAUCGGGGAAGAGGAGUAAGAAGAGCCAGCGGAGGCAUGUGGGAGAGGGAGGAGAGGAGCUGGACGAAGAGGAUGAGGAUGAGGUGGAAGUAGAUGACAAGGAUGACUCGGAUUACUGGCGAGAGCAGCAAGAAAAGCUUGAAAAGGAGAGGAAGGCCAUCCAGGAGGACCACAGCUUGGUGGCAGAGGAGAAACUGAAGCUGCUGAAGGAGAAGGAGAGAAAGAUGGAAGACUUGAAAAGAGAAAAGGAAGCCAGUGAGAUGCUGUCAUCCAAAGUGAAGGCUAUGGAGAGUAAGUUACUUGUUGGAGGUAAAAAUAUUGUUGAUCAUACAAAUGAACAACAAAAAGUACUGGAGCAGAAACGACAAGAAAUUGCAGAGCAGAAACGACGAGAGAGGGAGAUGCAACAGCAGAUGGAUUGUCGUGAUGAAGAGACCCUGGAACUGAAAGAGACCUACAGUUCUCUACAACAAGAAGUGGACAUAAAAACCAAGAAGCUAAAAAAGCUGUUUGCUAAGCUGCAGGCAGUAAAAGCAGAGAUCCAUGAUCUACAGGAAGAACACAUUAAAGAGAGACAAGAACUGGAACAAACGCAGAAUGAGCUCACCAGGGAACUCAAACUGAAGCACCUUAUAAUCGAGAACUUCAUCCCAAUGGAAGAGAAGAGUAAGAUCACAAACAGGGCGUUUUUUGAUGAGGAGGAGGAUCGAUGGAAAUUGCACCCCAUAACUCGCAUUGAGGACAAUCAGCAGAUGAUGACGAGACCUGUCUCUGCUGUGGGCUACAAAAGGCCCCUGAGCCAGCAUGCCAGAAUGUCAAUGAUGAUGAGACCUGAGGCUAGAUAUAGGGCAGAAAAUAUCCUGCUGUUAGAGCUGGAUAUGCCCAGCCGGACCACCAGGGAGUAUGAAGAGCCGGCAAUUGCCCCGAAAGUGGCCGCGGCGCUGGAAGCCGCUCUGCAGGAUGAAGAUGAAAUUCAUGUUGAUGCCUCAACUUUUGAAAGUUUUGGCAGCAAAAAAUCGAAGUCCAGGCCAAAAACUGGAAAGAAGGCUGGCACCCCCACUUCCUCUUCAUCCCCAGGGAGCUCAGGAUCUCUACUUUACCCACAAUCUCGUGGCCUUGUUCCGAAGUAAACGCAUAUUUUUCUUUGUGUGGGGGAGGGAGGGGGCUGAAACUUUUCACAACAAUAGCAGGGCAUACAGAAAAGCACUGAUGUUGUUUUUUCUUAUUUUGUAAACUGAAUAACUCGCCCAAAUUGAGUUUGCGGUGUGUGUAUAGUAUAUACAUUUAUAUCAUAAACGUCUCUAAAAACCUGUUUUCUUAAGUAGUAACUCCUGAUAUCAGUGCAGUGAAAUAAUUCUAAACAUAGAGACUUUACCUGCACGGUGAAAAAUCAUUUAUAAAAACAUAUAAACUGUGGAGUUGAUACCUACUAUAAAAUGUCCAGGGUCAACACAGAAAUGCACUGAAGCCUAGCAUUUAUUUUAUUCUAAAGCCACAUCAAGCUUGCAAGUGGUAGACAAAAUUUCGGAUCCUCUUACACUGCCCCUGAUGUUUCUUGUAAAUGGGGCUGCCCUUGUUCUCAGCUUGGAAGCAGUAUUCAGAAGAGUAGUUCGGCUUUGCUGGGACCCACAGGGAGUGCUGCAUUUGCCUUUGCGCUUCCACAGGGUUAAGGAGUGAAAUUAGCUGGUGAUGGGUUGCCUCAUUUCGCUUUAGUAACUCCUACUGGUCUGGUGUUGACUUCCCAAGCUUGGUGCUUGCAUUACGGGUCCAGUAGCUUCAUAACAACCAUUGCUUCGGUUCAACAAGUGAAAAAGGUGAUUGGCUGGAAGGCAGAAACAGAAGUGGCUCCCUGAUCUGUAAGUGGGUACAGGGGUGAAGUUGUGCAGAAAAUUCUAUGUCUUUUACCCUUGGAUAGUGCCAGUGCUUGCUGCUAUUAUUAUUAGAUGACAUUACCCCUAUUCUUACAUACGUACAGUAUAUGUAUAUAUGGAAUGGAUACCUCAUAUAAACUGAGGAGAUAUAUUGUAUUAAAAAAAAAAAAAAAACUUAGACAACAUUGCAGAUUUAUAGGCUCUAAUUUGAGUUUUUUUUUUUAAAGAUGAAUGUAGAUAAACUGAAUUUUGUGUUUUGUUUGUUUUUUUGUUUACUGCACAGAUAGCAUUUUUGAGGAAUGUAUCGUUUAAAGGUUAUGUAUACAUUUUUGUGUAUCCUUUUUUAUGUGAAUUUUUCGAGAUGAACUCUACAUAAGUGCACUAAAAAAAAAAAAAACCUUUUGGAUAGCUUUACAUUUGACUGUGUACCAAACUGUACUUGGAAAGAAAUACGCAAGUGGGUUAUGUUGCAAUACACUGAACUACAUGUUUCACUAUGUUAAUGAGCCUAUAUAGGUUUCUAGUUACCGCACCAUUAUACUUUAUCAAUUCCAGUUGUUCUUCCAGGUUUGUUUCCUCAGUCUCUUGUAUAUACAUGUAGGUACAGUAGCAGUCUGGAAAACUCAAGUCCAGCAUCGGUAGAUUUUAAUUUUGUAAAAUAAUAGUAAUAUUAAAAUCUGGACAAAGAACUGUGAUUCUUACAGAUGCUUACUUAUCCCCAUCCUCAACUAACUUCUCUCAAUUCACUGUUUUGUACAUUUAAAGCAUGAGUCUACAAAUAUUUUGGGCUUGUCAGCAUAAUAGUGGGGGGGGGGGGGGGAAAUGGGACACUACUUGCAGUUCUUAUUUUAAUGUUCAAAUACUAUAAAAACAUCAACUUUUCAAAUUAGUCACUUACACUGAAACUAGAGUCCUUUUGCAUAUCCUGUGAAAAAUGUCACGUAAGCAUAAAUGUUUGUUUGAAUCACACAUUAACCAUGUCCCUGGUACAAAAAUUCAAUAAGUCUGUUUCCAGCUGAUCCAACUGUAUGAUGGAACUGCUGAUCCCCUUCUGUCUUUGAAUUUACUAUCCUUGGUUAAUUUUUAUUAAAAACAAAAGCAAAACAAAAG